GGUAAAUGCAUAGUACAUGGGAAAUGUGAAAAAUGACCAUGCAGAAUUGACCUGGGUAAUCUUUUAUAAGGGUAAUCUGCUGAGAGUAAGUUAGAAUAAGGAUAACAAAUAUAUAAACUGGAGUGAGUACUUUGACUGUCACCAGUUUUAAACACCGCGGCUUGAAAGAGGCAGUUUCUAUUGAACUGGUUGCUUCCUCUAAUUCAGUUUCAGUCUUUAAACAUAUGUCUUUAGUUUACUCACCAAAAACCAUCAAGCAUCAAACAGGAGCUUUCAGUCAACCAGACAGCACUCCCUCAGGAACCAUGGGACAAAACGAAGACUAUGACUAUUAUACCUACACCGAUUCCUAUACUGACUAUCCAGAACCAACCUACGUUGACUCGGAGCCCUGUAAACUAGACAGCACCUGGAAAAUCAACCAGUCCUUCAUACCAGCUGUGUACUCCCUGAUCUUCGUGCUAGGGCUUCUGGGAAACCUCCUGGUGCUGGCGGUGGUCUCUCGCUACAAGCGGCGGGCGUUCUCCCUGACGGACACCUUCCUGGUCCACCUCGCCGUGGCCGACCUCCUGCUGGUCCUCACCCUGCCUUUCUACGCUGUCCAGUACGCCAGUGGCUGGGUUUUCGGGUCCGUGGCGUGCAAAAUCACGGGCUGGGUCUUCUCCGUCAAUUUAUUCACCACCGUUCUCCUCCUGGCCUGCAUCAGUUUCGACCGCUACUUGGCCAUCGUCCACGUGGUCCAGCUCUCCUGGAGACAGAACUCGUGGUACGCCCACAUGGCCUGCGCCGCCAUCUGGGCGGUCUGCUCGGGCCUGUCCGUGGUCGAUUUCUACUUCCACAGGGUCCUGAAGAUCAAGCAGCUGGGCGGGGCCAGCGUCUGCAUGAAUGACUUUGACUCCCAGAGCGCUGACCGCUGGAAGACGGUUCUGCACAUGCUCAAUCUAGUCCUAGGCUUUGCUCUGCCGCUAUUGGUCAUGCUCUACUGUUACAUCAUGAUAUUCCGGUCUCUGUGCAAUGCCCCCCGCUUGCAGAAGCAGAAAUCCCUCAAGGUGAUCGUCUCCAUCGUGGCGGCCUUCAUUCUCUGCUGGGCGCCCUACAACGCUUUGCAAUUGGUCGAAGGCUUGGUGAGGGUGGAGGCAAUUGGGCGAGGGUGUGCACUGGAAAAGGCCCUGGAUGUUGGGAUCUUGGUGACCCAGAGCCUGGGGCUGGCGCACUGCUGCCUCAACCCGCUGCUGUACGCGUUUGUGGGUGUGAAGUUCAGGAAGGAGCUGGCGCGGUUGUUUAAGAGCUUGGGGGAACUGUGUCGCCAUGGCCGAAGGUUCAACUCCAGGCACGAGAGUAGCAGCAGCUGCAGCAGGCUGCACAGAUCAAGGAAGAAUACCAACUCAAGAACCUUCAGCUCAGACAACGAGACUUCCACCACUGCUUACUCUGUGAUGUUCUGAAGCCUGGUGGCCCAAUGACUUCAAUACCAUUGUAUCUGUCUGCUUGACCAUAGGCCAACAUACAGCAGCGUGCAAACGUGUCAGAACACCUCAAGAUUCGUCAUUGAUCUCCUUUAUACACCCACCUGCAUGAAAACCUGUGUGAGAAUUUCAAUUUCCACUCAGUAAUCAGCGAUAGAGAAACAAUAGAUGCCUGUGUUUGAAAAUGUGAGACCACUUUGUGCUUUAAUUAAUUAGGCAUCGUAAACAACUUUUAGAAAGUAUCAUUCUUUUUAUCAUUUGUGGCUCUGUGUUCCUUUUCUCUUACUGUUUUAAACACAUUGCAUGUGCUGCCUAUUGAAGUCAUCAAUUAAAUUAGACCAUUCCUAAUCUGCAUGCUUGGACAAUUUCCCCAGAUUGUCAGUUCCUGGGGUUUGAUUUCACGUGCACAGCAAAAUCAAAACUUUAGAAGCAAUGGGGUGCUCUAAUACAUGUGCACACUGCUGUAGCUUUAAACCUGAAAAUGUUGUCACAAAUUGAGUUGCUAACCUAAUGAAGCUGUUUUCAAACCUGUCCAUAGCAGCCUUCUCGGUCUGAUUUAAAAAGCAUGUAAUUCUGCAUGAGCACCCUCACUGAUUUCCAAUGGUUUUCCUAAGAGCGUGACUCGACGUA